GGAAACGUGGUUUUUUGUAUUCACAACUCACGUUUUUUUCAAUAAUAUUGUUUAGUGACUUCAAUUUUGUUAAAGAAUUAGAUUAGUCGUGAUGGUUAAAGCAAAUUUUGAAGCCAUCGUUGGUACAUACCAAAAAUAUCUAGUUGGAAUUUCAGUCAGUAAAGAUAAAUCUGCCGAAUAUUACAAUUUUGUGCAAUCAUUUGCUGAGGAAGCUCACAUUGGAACUGUCAAGUGUGUUGCUGCAUUCGGCAAUUAUGUUGUUUCGGGUGGAACUGAUGAAUUCAUUCGAGUCUUUGAUAUGAGCUCACGGCGAGAUGUUUCUUCACUACUGCAACAAGAAGGAACCAUAAAUUGUUUAAAAUUUAUAAAUGAUUCUUAUUUAAUCAGUGGAAGUGAAGAUUCCACCUUGUGUGUUUGGACCACCUCUAAUUGGAACGUGAUAAAAACUUUAAAAGGACACAAGGGAGGUGUCAAUGGUGUUUCUGUGCACCCUAAAGGUAGUUUAGCACUAUCAGUUGGCAAAGACCAGAAAAUUAUUACAUGGGACUUGGUAAAAGCUAGAAACGCUUUUGUCACCAAUUUAAAGGAAAUUGGAAAAAAUAUUAUUUGGUCACCGAGCGAAAAGCAUUUCAUUGUUUUAUUUGACCGUCGAAUUGAUUUUUACGAUGUUAAUGUUGCUGCACCUGUUCAAAAAGUUACCUUUACAAAAGAUGUUAACUGUGCUAAUUUUUUAAAUGAUUCGAUUCUUUUGGUGGGAUUGGAAAAUGGUUGCAUUGAAAUGGUGGAUAUUUCACACGACAAACCUAUUAAAAAUGCAAAAAUUCAUAAUUCACGAAUCAAAGACAUUUGUGUGACAAAUAAGGGAAUAUUAUCAGCAGCAUCAGAUGGAGCUAUAAAACUCAUUCGCAAGAACAAUUUUGGUGAUAGAGGAUCUACCAAUUUAGGGUGUCGCAUAACAUGUAUGACAAUUUCCAACCACCAAAGUUAAGACAAUUAGUUGAUAAACUAUUGCAGUGUUAAAUUAAAAUUUAUUAAAACAUAUUUUUGUUAA